GCAUCAGGAGGUAUGCGGUCAGGCAGAACAAAAUCUGACUCAGGGAACCGGACGCCCCUGCCAUGCAUAGUCCCCUGAUAUGUCUGCCAACAAGGUGACUAUUAUGGCUAAUUGGACUUGGGUCGCAAGCUCAGGUCUGAUUAUCCUGUAGCUGUCCGCCUCUGGAGAGGGUGUAUAGUGUUAAAGGCCGAAACACCCAGUGACCCAGAGGAACACUACUGAUGAUGCGCACCCGUAAAUUAUUUUAUCCUUCAGGUCUUCCAUUCACGUUCACUGUUCACCUACAAGGCCACCAAGUGUAUGUGCUCACAAAGGAUGCAGACACCUCAUUCUGUUUUAAAUUCGUCUUAGGAGUCUUUUUACAUGUUUUUAGGAGUAUUUUUACGUGUUUUAUGAGUUUUCUACGUGUUUUAGGAUCUGUUUUUAAAUUUGUUUUAGGAGUCUUUUACAUGUUUUUAGGAGUAUUUUUACGUGUUUUAUGAGUUUUUUUACGUGUUUUAGGAGUCUUAUUAUGAGUUUUAGGAGUCUUGUUAUGUGUUUUAGGAGUAAUUUACGUUUUAGAUGUCACUGUGCAUCUCUUCGGACUCAUUUUAUGUGUUUUGGUUUUAAUGUUUUAGAAGUCGGUUGUUGUGUUUGUAAAUGUUUUACUCGUCAUUUAAUGUGUUAAGUCAUUUUAUGCAUUUGUGUUUUGCACAAGAGGUAGAACAUCUCACUCUGUGUUUUCUGGAAUCUGUGUCAUACUUGAUCAUUUUGCAAUAUUGCCAUAUUUUUGCUGAAAGUAUUUAGUAGGGAACAUCCACGAUAAAGUUCGCAACUUUUGGUCGCUAACAGAAAAGCCCUGCCUUUACCGGAAGUCGCAGACGAUGACGUCACCCGCUGAGGGCUCCUCGCAUCCUUACAUUGUUUUUAAUGGGAGCCUCCAACCAAAAGAGCUAUUCGGACGGAGAAAACAACAAUUUCCCCAUUAAUUUCAGCGAGGAUGAAAGAUUUGUGUUUGAGGAUAUUGAUAGCGAUGGACUAGAAAAAAACAAAAAAAAACGCGAUUGCAUUGGGACGGAUUCAGAUGUUUUUAGGCACAUUUACUAGGAUAAUUCUGGGAAAUCCCUUAUCUUUCUAUUGUGUUGCUAGUGUUUUAGUGAGUUUAAUAGUACCCGAUAGUUGGAGGGGUGUGUCCACGGGUGUCUUGAGGCCAGUGUCUGAUGGAAGUCGACGGCAGCAAUAUGGACGGCACAAUCUCAGCUGAUCCCCGGACUUCCUGGUCAAGUUGGUGUGCAACCUUCUCGACGAGGGCAAGUGCUGCUUCACAGAUGGCUUGGGGAAUCAAGCCGUGAAGGAGUUCAGCGAAGGCUUGAGUGUUUCCCACUACGCCGCGGCAAAAGGAAUCCAGAUCCCUCAGGCUUUACUGGGGACUCUGUACUUCAACCGGGCCACCGCCUACCACAGCAUGAGGCAAUACAAUGAAGGAGUGAAGGACUGUGACAAAGCCCUGGAAGUUUGUGAAGAGAAACAGCGGGCGCGCUACUUGAAGGCGCUCUGUUUGAAGCAGCUUGGCAAGCACAAGGAGGCGUAUGACUGCACAACUGCCUGCAUGCUCACCACACAUCAGGACAAACACGUGAAGGAACUUGCAGAGGAACUUGCCAACCACCUGGGACUGAAAAAACGAAAGGCCUAUGUGGCUGCUAACAACAUGAAGUCUUUGAGUGGACCUGCGGCAGUCCGUUUACCCAGCAUGCCUCAAGCGGAGCUUCCUGUCAAAAUAAAUAACGGAGCGGCCGCAAGCCUGGACACUUUGGACGACUGUCUGGUGAUUGGAGACGACUUGGACAGCCUGCUGGACUCCAUCCCUAAUGAGCAUGCUCAGGUGGCUGCUAACAACAUGAAGUCUUUGAGUGGACCUGCGGCAGUCCGUUUACCCAGCAUGCCUCAAGCGGAGCUUCCUGUCAAAAUAAAUAACGGAGCGGCCGCAAGCCUGGACACUUUGGACGACUGUCUGGUGAUUGGAGACGACUUGGACAGCCUGCUGGACUCCAUCCCUAAUGAGCAUGCUCAGAUGGUCGUUCUAGAAGGAGCGGCCCCUGGCAGCAGAGAAAGCCCCUUGGUGCUGCCCACGCCUCACCUCCCGCCAGCUUUCUUCAGCUCAGGCGUCACACAACUUGGCUCCAAUUCGCUCGGUGCUCACAACCCGCUGGACGCCCUGGAUGACCUCUGCCCCCCGCCCGGCGAUGCUCCAAACCUCAACUCCAAAGCGCUUCACUCGCUGGGCGACGACUCCAACCUUCCCCGGUGUGCCCAUCCGUCCAGAACGGACCCGCAGGAGCGGGAAAAGUCGCUCGACGAUCUGCUCAGCGAGCUUCACCCUGUGGGCGUCACCUCUGCUGCUGGUGUGGACCCGCUGAACUCCCUGGACUCCCUGGAUUCGUUUCCCUCUGUGAAAGGUGGUUCUUCGCCCGCCCUCCCCGAGGUGGGAGCAGGCCUGGAUCAGCUCUGCAACUUCAGCUCCUCUGCCCUCACAAUCUCUCACGGCGUGCUUCCUCCCAUCAAGCCACCCCUGGGGAGCAAGAACAAACAGAAGAAUAUGUGUUUUCCAGUUUCGAACCCUCUGUCAGCCACGCAUGAAUUCCUGCAGGCCUGCUCGGCCUGCUUCCCUCGCCUAGGUCAAGGAAUAUUCACCUUUGUCCACAAGGCCGACCUGGUCCACAGUUGCAAGCGAGACAUUCUCUUGUGCAGGCGAAAGGCGGCUUUGCCCACGGAGUGGACCAGAGUGCGACAGCCACCGACCUGGACCUCCUUCACAGGGCCCUUUGUUCUUUGCAGAGAGCUGCUGAAGUCCGGCGACCUAGGCCUGUGCAAGUUUGGGGAAAAGUGCACCUUCGCCUUCAACCAACUGGAAAUAGAGGUGUGGACAGAGGAGAGGAAGGGCACGCUGGAUAGAAACCUGCUCUUUGGACCAUCCCAGGCCCUCAGGAUGGACCCUGCCAGCAGCGUCCUUCACCUAAUGCAGGAGCACAAGGGCAUGUUCCUGUUCCUCUGCCAGGAAUGUUAUGACAGCAAACCUCGGAUCAUCAGUACACGCAGCAGAGAAAAGCCCACCCUGUGCUCCCACAUAGACGCCCACCACUCCUUUGAUGCCAACAAGUGUUUAGCUUUUGUGGUAAGGACCACCAACGUCAACUACAGAAAAGUGCGUCCCCUGGGCGUGUUGGCCCACUUUGCACUCUGUCCCCAAGUCUUCCGUUACGGCUGCCAGAGGGAGGACAGCUGCCAGUACGCUCACUCCGUCAUAGAGCUCCAGACCUGGAGGGUCCAACAGGACACUGGUAUCAGCCCUGAUGAGAUGGUGAAAGUCUCAAGGAACUAUCACCAGCAGCAAGAAGGGAAGUCAAGCAGCCAAACAUUUAGUCAAUGUCCUGCUGCGACUGACGGCGAGAGCAGAGCGAGAGGCAGCCAUGUGAACAUGAAGAUGAAGAUGAACUUUGCCUGUGCUCAGUGCUGGCGAGGAGGCAACAUGAGCCUGCCAGACAAAGCCCUCAAGUACUGCAGUGCCAGGGCCAAACACACGUGGACCAAGGAGCAGCACAUGCUUCUCGUCAAGACCUUGGACAAAAAUAAAUGGGUUCCGGUCCGACCACUGCCGCAUACCACCAAGAACUGCCCGGCACAAUAUGAAAUGUGCAACCAGAUACUGGAGAGAAGGAAAUGUAACUACUCUGAGAGAUGCACCUUUGCCCACAGCCAAGAGGAGAGGGACAUGUGGAUGUACAUGAAGAGACAAGACAUACGGGACAUGCAGCAGAUGUACGACAUGUGGCUGACCCUAAGCACCUCCAGUCGUCAAGCAGACGGAGCUAUGAUCACCCAGUCUGCCCAGGAGGAGAAAUACAUCGUCAUGCCAACGGACUACGCUGAGCCAAUGAGUGGCUUCCACUGCCGCCUGUGUGGCAAGCACAGCAACAGCCAGCGUCAGUGGCAGCAGCACAUCUCCACCCUGAAGCACCGGGAGCGUGUCUUCAGCUGCCAGGACCAGGACCUGCCUUUCACCUGGAACUACCGCUUCCCUGCUCCUCGCUUCCAGCUCUGCUCCAAGUCUGAAAGUGACUGCCCUGACGGUGCCAGCUGUGACUCCGCCCACAGUCCCGAGGAGCUGCAGGAGUGGGUGGAAAGGCGGGACGUCCUGCGCCAGAGGUUGGCCCAAGCCAGGGAAGACAUGCUCAUCAUGCCCGAUGAGUUUGACUUUGGGAAGUACAACUUUCUGCUUGCAGAGUCCGACCAACCACCACCUUGAUGUCUUGCACACCUUCUAUCACACUGCUGCUGACACAUGUUUUCUGACCAACCACCACCUUGAUGUCUUCUUGUUGACCUGCACACCUUCUAUCACACAGCUGCUGACACAUGUUUUCUUCUACUUCUGCAAAUCACACAGCUGCUGACAGAUGUUUUCUUCCAUGCACAUCAUCUAUUUGGUCACUUUAUGAGGGAAGUUCAACGCUUGCUAUCACCUCACUGACAUGUUUUCUUCUUGGUCCAACCGCCUUGCUUACCACCAUGAAACUUCUUCUGCUUCUAUAAGGGGAUCUUGUGCACUCUUGACUGUUUUGUCCAAGUCACGGUCCACCUGAACAAUUCUAAGACUCUUUCGUUCUAAAUAAAUGUGUUUUAAUUUUGACAUAUAA